CACCCACCUUGGCCUGGUGCUGCCCGCUCACCUGCUCCACCAUCCCUCUGCAGUCCCGCUCUUGUCGGGGCCCAUCAGGGCCGGCACCGCCUCCAUUGCUGCCUGCUUCCAGUGCCACGUCGCCGAUGCCCACCAUGUCUGCGCCACCCCCUGGUGAUAUGUUUCCUUCUCUUUGCCAUUCUUUACAUCGUUUCCUACUUCAUCAUCACAAGAUACAAGAGGAAGUCAGAUGAACAAGAAGAUGAAGAUGCCAUAGUCAACAGGAUUUCGUUGUUUCUGUGCACGUUCACACUCGCAGUGUCCGCUGGGGCUGUGCUGCUCUUACCCUUCUCCAUCAUCAGCAACGAAAUCCUACUUUCCUUUCCUCACAACUACUAUAUUCAGUGGCUCAAUGGCUCCCUGAUCCAUGGUCUGUGGAACCUCGCUUCUCUCUUCUCCAACCUUUGUUUGUUUGUCUUGAUGCCCUUUGCCUUCUUCUUCCUGGAAUCAGAAGGUUUUGCUGGCCUGAAAAAGGGACUCCGAGCCCGAAUCUUGGAGACGCUGGUCAUGCUCCUGCUCCUGGCGCUGCUGGUCCUGGGGAUGGUGUGGGUGGCCUCCGCGCUCGUGGACAAGGACGCGGCGAGCAGGGAGUCUCUGUACGAUCUCUGGGAGUUCUACCUGCCCUAUUUGUACUCUUGUGUAUCACUCAUGGGAUGUUUGCUGCUUCUCUUGUGCACCCCGGUCGGCCUGUCUCGCAUGUUCGCCGUCAUGGGCCAGCUGCUGGUGAAGCCGGCGAUUCUGGAGGACCUGGACGAGCAGAUGUACAUUGUUGCCCUCGAGGAGGAGGCGCUGCAGAGACGGCUCGCAGCACCGCGACCCUGGCUGCUGAGGUGGCAAAGCUUCAUGUUGUCCGGACUGUCUUCAUCAGUGGACUACAAUGUAAUGGAGCUGGAACAAGAACUUGAAAAUGUAAAGAUUUUUAAGACAAAAUUAGAGAGGCGGAAGAAGGCGUCGGCUUGGGAAAGAAAUUUGGUGUAUCCUGCGGUCAUGGUUCUCCUUCUCAUUGAGACGUCCAUCUCGGUCCUCCUGGUGGCUUGUAAUAUCCUUUGCCUGUUGGUUGAUGAAACAGCAAUGCCAAAGGGAACGAGGGGGCCUGGGAUAGGAAAUGCCUCGCUCUCAGCUUUUGGUUUUGUGGGAGCGGCACUUGAAAUCAUUUUGAUUUUCUAUCUGAUGGUGUCCUCUGUCGUCGGUUUCUAUAGCCUCCGCUUUUUUGGAGACUUUAUUCCCAAAAAGGAUGACACGACCAUGACAAAGAUCAUUGGGAACUGCGUGUCGCUGCUGGUCCUGAGCUCCGCUCUGCCUGUGAUGUCCAGAACCCUGGGAAUCACUAGAUUCGAUCUUCUGGGAGACUUCGGAAGGUUUAACUGGCUGGGAAAUUUCUAUAUUGUGUUAUCCUACAAUUUGCUUUUCGCUGUGGUGACAACACUGUGUCUGGUCAGAAAAUUCACCUCUGCGGUCCGGGAAGAGCUCCUCAAGGCCCUAGGACUCCAUAAGCUGCACUUAUCCAGGGCACCCCGGGAGUCGGACACCGCCAAGCCAUCUGCCAAUGGGCACCAGAAAGUCCUGUGAGGCCGCUCCGCUCUCAGCGCAGAUACGGGAGUGACUCGGACACUCCUGGUCCCAGGCGUGGCGGCCCCGCUCACGUUCUCAUUGUCCUCUGGGAACCUGCGGGGCGUGGGUUCCAGCCCCACACCCACGUCUGCUCUGUCGGGACGGCCACCAGGAGGCAGCCGGGAAGCUAGGGCUUCCGAGGACUCGCUCCAGCCCAGGACCUGCACACGUGGAGGCUGCUGGCGGCACCUGGUGCUGGAACAGGAGGUGGCCAAGGGCGUGGGGCGAGGCCAAGGGCGUGCACAAGGUGCCGGAGUGUCUGUGCCUGGGACGUGGGAGCUGGCGUGGCGCCUGAUAUUUUCCACGUCCUUGAUGCAGGAACAAAGCACAGUUCAGAUUUAGUUACAGAUGUGAGUCCAGGGGACACAGGGAACUCUUACCCCCACGCCUGGGCAGCCCUGCGUCACCAAGGUGGGAGGGAGGGGCCAGCCGGUUCCAAGUUCAUGGCCGGUCAGUGUCACCUCUCCUGGCACAGCUGCCAGUGUGAGACCCUGGGACCAGCGCCCGCCUUACGGGCUGUAUGACACCAUUUUUUAAGCCCUUUUUUCUAGACUCCCUUAACUCCUCAUGCUCCUUCGUCCAUCCUAAACUAAGCCCUCUGGGUAGAAACCCCUUUCUUUUGCUGCUGCUUCAGGCUUCGCUACUUUUGCCAUUUAAACCUCAGACCCGGAAAAGCAACCAGUUUAGCACCAAACGCACAGCAUCUGGUUCUGGCAUAAGAAGAGUUUGGCCGACUAUCGUGAUCUGCUAGCCACCCAGUUGUUAAGCUGUAAAUAAUUCUCGGGGUCGUGUCGUGGCCCCACGUCCACUGAAUAAAGUUGUCCCCCAGGAGACCGAGUUCUGUCGGUCGAGCGUGCAGGAUCCGAGGGCCCCCGCAAAGCCCCACGCCCGGUCUCUACAUGUCUCUACAUACACACGUAUGUUCACAUGUCUGUAAAUACGUACAUAUAUUCAUAUGCACUGUGUGUGUGCAAUGAGCCAUCUAUGCAGGCAACAGUAAAAUAACUUUUUUCUCAAAUUGUUGCAUUUAAAGCUUUUUUGGGGGGGGAGCAAUUAUGAAAACCAGGCUGUGUAUAUUGGACAUCAAAACAUUUCCACUUAGAGUCAAAAUAUUAAGAAAAAUGAAUGGGUAUGUUUGUAAGCUCCACUGACUGCCUGUCCUCCGUGUCCACCCACACUUCCUUCAGAGCCACGUGGAAAUGCAGGCCGCUUAAAAGAUAGUUGAGGAUUGUGAACAGUACUCGGUAAGCCUCGUGCUCGCGCUGGUGACGGCCAGCAUGGGACGCGCCCGAGGAGGCGCACGCAGGCGUGCUUUCUCGUUCCUGCAUCUGCCCGCGUGGGCAUCAGCUGCCAGCUGUGGCUUUCGCGGGAACUCGUGGGAGUCGCCCUGGGACAGACGGCCACGGGAGAAGACACGCUUCUUUCAACAGAGUGGCGCUGCCCAGUCAGCCCAGUUCAGGCACGUCCCGGGAAGAGUUCUGGGCAUGAGCACGACGUCCGACAGCGUCUGGGGCAGACAGUCACCUUUUCUGUGUUUGUGUCAGGUCUGUUCACUGACCGCUUCUCACUGAGGACUGAGCCACCUGGCCGGGCCUCCCGGGGAGGCCUGCUACGGACACCCACACACAGGGCCCUGCCCGGUCGUGGCCUGCACGCAGGGCCAGGGCCUGCAGGGACCUGUCAGUGAGGGCUGGUGAAGGCCAGCAGCCGUCCCCAAAGUGGCGCUGCCCCUCGUGACCACAGGCCUCCCCCUUCCCAUCUCCCGCGUCUUUUCUGAAGGCGUUAGGCCUGGGGGUACAGGUUUCUUGAGGAGACUCAGCUAACUCCUGUCAUUAAUUGGUUCUGCAUAUUUAAAUAAAAUAUUUUAAAAUUAUAAAAUUUACAGAUGACAACUUUUGUAAUGAUUUUCCAACCUAUUUCUUAGAUUUAAUGUUUUCUCAGCUUUAUGAACAUUCUCUCUAAGCUAGAUCUGUUCUAAGUAAACACAAACACAUUCACAUUAGUGCUCAGUGCACAGUGAGUGGUGGGUGGGAGGGAACUUUCUCGUGGUCCUGACUCCCAGGUGCGUUAAAGGUGUGUGCACACCUGGUCUUCGGGGCACCCACACCUGCCUGACUUUGCUGGACCACAGUGGUCCCCCAUGGCCUCGGUCACCCUGAAUCUGUCCACAGCACAGGUUGGAAGCCUUGUUGCUUUCUGGUCGUUUGCAUAGUAUUUAAUGAAUAAAGAGAAUUCUUACAGUAAUUUAAAAAAUAUAUGGGCGUAUAUACAGUACUGACUUUUUAAACUUUAAAAAAUCUUUUUAAACUUUAAAAAAUCUGGUCUGAUGUUACUUUAAAAAUAAUGUUUGGAGGCACUGGUAAAUUUGUUUACAGGGCAUUGUUUUUUUUGUUUGUUUUUUACAAAUUGUUACUCCUGUUUCUAUGAGAUAUUGUCAGUGUGACCAUUUAAAUGUCUUAGAAAUUAAAGUUUUACAAAAAUGA